AUGACGCAUGCCCGGAAGAAACAGCUCUUGCUUCUGAAAUACUCAGCUGGUUCUGCUAGCCAAGCUUUGUCACCGAUUGACGGUGAGAGAAUGGAUAGGACUGAGGUGGAGGGCAGCAAGCAAGGAAAUGGUACUGAAGGGCAGAAAAUCCAGACUAGACUUGCCAAUGCGACUAAAAACAGGAAUUUGCAAGAAUUCCGAAAGACAUAUCCCUUAAGGAAACGCCUCAGCUCCUCUGUGGACAAAAAAACCUGCUCCGUGCUACUCACAAGGCUGGAGGAUGUAGCUGGAUCACUGUCAGAGGAGACUCCAAGGGUGAUGAAAAGAGGUCUUGCCAGUUGCGUAGAUGACUUCAGACCUUCCUGCCUUCCAGAACAAGUUCCGGUAGCAGGAGCAGGGAAACAAGACUCUUCUACAGGCAAAUGCCAGCUAUCAUGCCUUGGGACUGAGGAGGAAGAGCAUAAUGUCUGCCUCUCAGAGCCCAGAAAACGGAGACUAGCUUCCUUGAAUGCUGAGGCGGUGAAUAACCUGCUCUUUGAACGGGAUGACAACUUAUUAUCUGGCAGGCGUUUUCGAAAAGAUUCCCCCCAGAUUAGUGGGAUUUGUUGCACUAAUAGCAUAUGUUGCAAAGCUCAGGGCUCAUGGCCCUUGACAGAAAAACGAGGCACUAAAACAGUGAAGGGAAAGAACCAAACUAAAUCAAGUCAGAAGUGUGCUCCUUACAACCAGUCCGUGGGUGGUGGCUUUGAAGGGAAAAGCCGGGAGGACAAAGGAAUUUCCUACCAUCCUGCCCCAAAGAGAUUGGCCAGUCUCAAUGCUGCAGCUUUUCUGAAACUGACUCAUGAGAAAGACCAACCAUUAAAGCCCAGAAGUAAAUCAACUGGAGAAAGCAAGAUGGAAGGACACAGUUCCAAAUCAAAACUCAAGUGGGCCAAAGCCAAUGGAAAAAAUUGUGUUAAAUCCAAAAAGGAAGUAUCCUCUGUCAAAAUAGAGGGUCAACGUAACUGGCAAGGUGUCUCUGAGGGUGCAUUUAGAAAAGCAGUUCAUCAGGAUUCUCCUAGAAUCUAUGGGAAAACGGAAUCCAUCAGUUACACACCAACACCUAACUCUUCUGAAGGCACAGAGGGUUUCUUCCACAGACUGCCUUUGCUAAUGGGUGGGCAAGCUUCCAUGAAGCCUGAAUAUGGAAGACCUGGAGAGAAAUCUCCUACCCCCAAGCAGGAAUUUCAUCAGCCUUCCUUCCCAGUACCUCAGUUCCAUCCUUUGCCUGUUCCAGGCAAUCAUCCAGAUUGUGGCUGUCUCUUUGAAUCAUCUGACUUGACGCCAUUGAAUGGAUUUUAUGUUUAUUAUGGCCAAAGUGGAUAUAAUAGCUACACUCAUUGCUCGAUAUACCCGAAGGAUGAGUUGUCGCAGGCAACGGGUUGUGAGGGACUUUUGGUAUCUCCAGGUUCCUUACCGUCUGACCCUUCGUUUCAGCCAUUUCAUUGGUGUAGCUCUCCGUAUUGUUGUGGAGAGGGACCAGCAAUUAACAGCUUCAGCCUUUGUGGAGUUAUGCAUGUACCAGAAAGCAGAGUUGGCAGUGUGUAUACAGGGCGGAAUGGCUACCCGUAUAAGAUGCCUUUUGCAGCAGAUAGCUGCAAGUCCCUGGACCAGCUGAGCCUCACAAUCCCAGUGGCAGGACAUCCCGUUUCACCUGCCCAUCCUCUCUCAGGAUGUCCGGUACCCAGUGUGCCACCAGCUGCAGAACCUGUUCCUCACCUACAGACGCCAAACUCCGAGCCCCAGACUAUGGCCCGCGAAUGCCCGCAGAGCUCCAAGCCACCCAGCGGCUCUAAAUCCGGCCUCCGGAACACCACUAGCUGCUUGCACGUAUCUGACAGCAAAACAGUCGGAAGUCACCUGCAUCCAAAGCAGCAACGCAUCAACCGGAGGAGAGCCACAAAUGGUUGGAUACCCAUUGGAGCGGCAUCUGAGAAGGCUGUCUACGUUGUGAACGAGCCAGAACCAGCUGUUCGUAAGAGCUACCAGGCCGUGGAAAGAGAUGGAGAAAUCAUUCGGGUUCGGGAUACAGUCCUUCUGAAAUCGGGGCCACGGAAGAAAUCGAUGCCUUAUGUGGCUAAGAUAUCCGCUCUAUGGGAAGACCCCAAAACAGGGGAAUUGAUGAUGAGCCUCCUGUGGUACUAUAGACCAGAGCACACUCAGGGAGGCCGUAAUUCUAGCAUGCAUCAGAAUGAGAUCUUUGCAUCCCGACACCAGGACGAGAACAGUGUGGCCUGUAUAGAGGAGAAGUGCUACGUUCUGACCUUUGCAGAGUACUGCAGAUUUUGUGCCUUGGCAAAGCGUCGCGUGGAAGGGAUUCCAGGCAAGAAAGCGGUGAUGGUUCCUCCUUCUGAAGAGUAUUCCACUCCUGCCCAUCGCAAGGUGCCAGAGGACACUGAUCCAGAGUUGGUUUUUCUCUGCCGUCACGUCUAUGAUUUCAGGCAUGGACGCAUCUUGAAGAAUCCACAGUAACACCGCUGUGGGGUUAGUGAGCAACGAUAGCAGGCCAUUAAGGCAGGCUAAGCUCUUUGUCCAUGUCGGGGCCUCCUUCGGUGGAGUGCUGCCCACAGGCACUGCAUAACAACCCCGAAGCACUCAGUCCUCUACAUCUGGGAGCAGAUUUCCUGUUAAGGCAGAUCUUCAAAGCACAGCACUUCAUAUAAAAAGCAUAAGUGGAAAUAUAUAUCUAUAAAGAAAUGUGUGUCUGUAUAUAGAUAUAGGUGCUUGCUUCUGUAAAUCUAUAUC